CUGGCCACCAGGGGGCAAGAAAGAGCCGCCUUGGCGAACACCAGCCGGCCAGGGUGCCCCCCGAAAGCAUCUCGCCCGGCCGGCGCCAUGACCAUCGGCGCUCUCCGCCCGAGGGGCAGCCCCCGCCUGCAACUGCCGUUCCUGACCAAGAUGGAGCGCGUGGUGGUCGGCAUGCAGGACCCCGACGCGGGCCUCACGAUGCGCAGCCAGCGCAGCCUCCUCACUGCCAUCCCGCACGCCAUGACGGGAAGCGACAUUGUGGAGUGGCUCGUCCAGAAGUAUGCAAUCUCAGAGGAGGAAUCUGUGCACCUGGCCAAGUUGGUUGUGCUGCACGGCUACAUCUACCCUCUGAAGGACCCGGGCAGCCUGCUCCUACGGGUGGACGAGACACCCUACAGGUUCCAGACCCCCUAUUUCUGGAUGAGCACAAAGUGGCCAGCUACAGAACUUGAUUAUGCAAUCUAUCUUGCAAAGAAGAAUAUUCGUAAGCAAGGAGAGCUCACUGAGCACGAGAAGGAAGAUUACAUGCAGCUGCACAAGAAGAUCAAUCACACCUGGGACUUUGUGGUGAUGCAAGCCCUGGAGCAGCUCCGGGCAGCAAAGCAGCGGCGCAAGGGCGAUCAGAUUGUCAUUGAGUGCCAGGAGCAAGCCUAUUGGCUCGUCAACAGGCCCCCGCCUGGAGCCGUGGACGUGAUGGAGCAGAGUCCAGAGCGGAGGAACUGCCAAAGCAGCUGGGUCCAGCUGGAGAAGAACACCGACUUCUACAAAUGGGAGAUCCGUUAUUGCCACUUUGCCAUGGGCAGGAUGCGUGUCAAGUCUUCCAUCUGCCUGGAAGGAUACAUCAAGCUCAACGAGCAAUACAUGCCGCAUGACCCCAUAAUGUCUGGCUGUCUUCCCAGUAAUCCCUGGAUCACAGAUGAUACCAUGUAUUGGGCAAUGAAUGCCCCUGCGGGAACAGCCCCCACCAAGCUGCGGGUGGAGCGUUGGAGCUUCAGCUUCAGUGAGCUCCUCAACGAUGCCCUGGGGCGGGUGCAGCUGCUGGAGUUCCUCAGGAAAGAGUUCAGCGCUGAGAAUCUGAGCUUCUGGGAGGCGUGUGAAGAGCUGUGCUACGGGGAACAGGCCCGCAUUGCUGAGACAGUGGACUCCAUCUAUCAGCAGUUCCUGGCCCCUGGUGCCACCCGCUGGGUGAACAUUGACAGCAAGACCAUGGAGCGGACCCUGGAAGGCAUCAAGACUCCACACCGCUACGUGAUGGAGGAUGCCCAGAUGCACAUCUACAUGUUGAUGAAGAAGGAUUCCUAUCCACGCUUCCUGAGAUCGGACCUCUACAAGAACCUGCUGGCGGAGGCCGUCGUGCCCCCCGCAACUAAGAAGCGGCUCUUCCCAUUCGCACGGAAGCAACGUCACUCCAGCCCUGCCACCCCCUCAUGGGGACCACCAAGUGAAGACUGAAGAGUAAAGCCGCUCCAGCUACCCCUGCCUCGGUGCCACCCCCAAAGUCUGCUGCCUCAUCUGUGGCUGUGGCAGCCCAGCACCUACUCCUGGACACACAACCGGGAAGAAGCCACAAUGGUGCUGUCAGCCAGGCAAAGGCCCUGCCCACGUCGUCUUCCCUCAGGCAUGGGCCCUUCUCCCUUUCUCCUGCCCCCAGCUGUGCCUUGGCCUCCACUCCCUUUCCCCGGUGCCCCUCUGGCUGACGCAGAGAGCAUCCUUCGGUGUACGAGCUGCCCAGCCUGUCAAUAAAGACCCCUUGCUGAGUCUUCAUGGCAGUUGCUUCUCUGGCAAGGGAAGGAAGACGCAACCUCUGUUGCAGAGAUGGAAGCCGUGUCACGCUGCCUUGCCUCUCCCAGGAGGUGCCAGGGAGCCUGCCCUGGCCUCUCCUGCAUGGGGCAGGCCCCCUUGGCCGCUGUGGGCCCGCCUGCGUUUCCCAACAGCUUCCGGGCAGGUAGGAGGCCUUGCUCACCUUCAGAGGAGCAAGCCGGGAGAGGAGCUGGCCAAGGGCGUGAGCGGUGGCGGCUUGAGGCUUUUCUGGUGGACUAGGGCCAGACAAAAGGAGCCCACAGGGAGGGGAUGGUCUUUGUCCUCCUCCCUUGUAGCCCCCUCCGCGUAUGGCUAAAGGUCUUCCCGGUUCCAGCACUGUCCAGGCUGCCUGAGAUCUAGCAUGAAGGUUGCUGCUGCUAGGAGUUGGGUUUUUAUGGUGUUCCCUGGAACCUGAUGGAGGGGGGAGGAAUCCAAUAGAAACACAAUAGGAACAGCACAGAUGGGGGCACGCUGCUCAGAUGCCCUCAGUUCACCACCGAAGAGGGAGCACCUGUUGGCCAGUGAUAAUCAACUGAAUGGGGGUGGAAAGGGAACCAGGGCACCAGCUUUGUGGGUC